AUGGAGAAAGACGAGGUAGAUGAGACUAGGUUAUCUCUUUCGUUGAGUUCGCCGGGUGGUGUAGAUGUCGCUGGCUCCGGCCUUAAUGUUGUCGAUGGCAACAAGAAGAAAUGGGAAACGAAGAUCAAGGAUGUGGAUUUCUUUAGGAUUAUGAGAGAGGACACCUUCUUAGCAAGCAUGAACGCUGAUGUUGAGACAUAUUUGUCCCAACAUCCUUCCGCGGGGGCUCUCAGUAUUGUUCAGUCUUCACAAACACUUGAUGGAUCGACCUUAAAAUGUGCUGCUCCAGAUUGCCAAUGGUGUGUGCAUGCAUCCAAAGAUGAAAAUGUUGACACCUUCUGUGUGAAGACAAUUCAAGCAACGCAUAGUUGCUGUGGAGGCACUGGUACAACGACAUACCCUAAAGCAAGUAAAAAAUGGGAUCAUGCUGUUCGCCAAACAUAUAAGCGUGCUUGGAUGGGGAAUGAGGUUACACGGGCUGCCAUUCAUGGUAACAAGGUUAGUAGCUAUGGUUUGUUUCUCUGGUAUAUGAACAAAGUGUCGGAGAUGAAUCCUGACAAUUUUAUAAUCAUUGAGAAUGACGGUGAGCAAUUUAAAAGUGCUUUCUUCUCUUUUUGGGCUUGUUUGUUGCGGUUCAAGCAGGGCUGCAGACCAUUGCUUUUUGUUGACGAAACUCAUUUGCUUGGCAAGUAUGGCGGAAUUUUGUUAGGGGAAAUAGACAAAGAUGGCAAUGAGGGUAUCUUCCAUGUAGCAUUUGUUGUUGUUGACAACGAAAUAGAUGAUAAUUGGGCUUGGUUUCUUGCUAAUCUUGGGAAGGUAUUGUACGGUGAAGAUGAUUAUGAGGAAGUUAUUACAUUCAUCUCAGAUCGGUCCAAGGGUCUUAUCAAAGUAGUUAUGCGCGUGUUCACUACAUCGCCGCAUAGUUAUUGUCUGCGCCAUUUGGAGGACAACUUCAUAAAGGCUAACGACAGGCUCGGGAAAUCAUUAAAAGAACAGUGUUGGGUAGUAAUCAUGAAAAUUACGUACGCAUACAUAUCAAAAGAGUUUAACGAUGAAGUUAGUGAAUUUGCAGCUAUAUUGGCCAAUGUACAUGAUUGGUUGUUAACACAAGCUCAACAUUGA